AUGAGCGAAGCUAGCGGCUCUGCAUCUCCAGCGCCACUCGACGAAGCGGGUGCUGCAAGACCCAAGCGAGCUGUCCGUCCAACAGCCAAAGCUUUGCUAGCGAGGGAACAGUCUCCGGAUGGCUGGGAACAUGGCGGAUCGAGGAGAUCACAGCCUUCACGGCCCAUCCGCACCUCAUCGGGAGCACGUCCGCAGAUCAAGCUCAAGAUGAAGGCAUCAGGAGGAGGCACUGCUGCCGGAGCAGGUCAAGGCCCAAAGACACAAGCAUACAUGCAGGGCUACGACCGAGAGCUUGACUCAGAAGACGACGAGACCGGCAAAGGUCUCGCCUUUGAGGAACAGCUCAUUUUCCGCAUGCCAGAAGGACCGGAAUGUGACAAGCUCAGAGAGGCGAUUCAGAAGCGACAACUAGGCGACGACGUGUGGUUCAAAUUCAAGGACUCGAGAAGAGCCGUGGUUCAUGUUGGUGACUCGCUAUUCUCGGCUAAGCUUGUCGAUCUGCCAACGAUCACAGAGUCACACAAGACACUCGACAAUCGACAGUUCUUCAAAGUGGGAGAUAUUGCGCAGAUGCUCGUCGUCGAAGGCAAGAUCGCCGACGAAUCGCAAGCCUCGGCAAGUGGAGGAGGGAAAGGGUUCAACAUUGAUGACUUCAUCUAUCCUCACGGCAUCACACCACCUAUGCACUGGGCUAGAAAACGUCGAUUCCGCAAGCGCGCUGCACGUCGAGCCAUCGAGACGGUGGAGAAGGAAGUGGAACGGCUGCUCAAAGCCGACAAGAAAGCGGACCAGGUGGAAUACGAGCUAAUCGAUGCUGCGGAAGAAGGCGGUUCAGAAGAUGAUGAAGUCGACCAGCGAGGUCACCAGCAUCGACGAGGCGCAACAUCUCCAGGAGGCUCGCAAGCUGAGACGCCGAUGCCUGACGGUUCCGACGCCGGGUCGCAAGACGAAGAUGGAGAUGAAGGCGACGAUGAUGGAGAGGAAGGCGGUCGAGCCAGUCGACAUCGUGCCGGCGUAGGAGACACGGAUGAAGACGGAGGCGAAGGGGGCUAUGACGAUCAAGAUGAGGACGAUGUCGACGAGGAUCUCGCAGCAGAACUGGACGCCGCGCUCGAAGAGGAGGAAGAUGACGAUGAUGAUGUUGGGUCUACGCGAGGAGUAGGCAGCGAGGCGCAAAGUCGUGCCAGCGAUCAGGAAGAUCUCUGGGAUGACGACGACGACGAUGAAGCAGAUGAUGGCGAUGAAGAUGACGAGGAUGAGGAGGGUGAAAAUGAUGAAGAGAAGGAGCAGCGCGUGCGAGAAGCACAGCUGGAGGCUGAGUGUCGAGAGCUCGAGACGCUGGUUCGCAGAAAGCAGGCCGAUGUGGACGGAACGAUGAACCUGAUCAUCAAGAACCGCCAUCAGCAAGCGCUGCGCAAGCUCACCACUGAGCGCGACAUGAAGCGCAACCAGCUCGCGGAUCUCAAGCAGACACGAAAAGAACGCAGGGAAGCCAACUUGGCCGCAGCAAAGGCAGCGCAGCAGGCUGCCGCCAAUGAAGCUGAGAUGGAAGCUAAUCAAAACGGAGAAGAGAAGACAAGUCCUCCACUGGAGCGGCAAGCUAGCAGCUCGCAAGGUCAGCAUCAGCAGCAGCCUCCUUCUGCAGAACCUUCCGCAAGCAAUCUCGCAACUGGCUCUGGUGGUCAAGAUCCGAAGUCUUCUACACCGGUUCAAUCAAUGCCACCGCCCGCUUUACCAGCACGUCGAACCGUGCCGCAGUCAUCAUCGCAUGCAGCUGACACAGGAGCUUCCGCCGCAAGCUCGUAUCAACCUGGUACGCAAGCCGAUCAAGGCGACAGCGACCUGUGGGAUGACGAUGACGACGAGGAGGAGUCGUGA